AUGUCUACAAUAGACAUAAGGAACAAAUGUCCAAAAGGAGAAAAGAGUAGUCACAUAGCUAAACGCCAUAGAUGCUCUAAUGAUGUGAUCGCAUAUUUGAGAGAGUUAUACAUCCAUGGUAAUAAAACAGAUUAUAAAGAAUCUCAUCAUAAAAGGGAUAAGUUUACUAUCCAUCACCUGACAUAUGAUGGAAAGGACCUUACGAUCGCAGGUGAUGGAUCUAAUACACUUAUAUCACAACAUCCGGAUCUAAAAGAGAUAUCCACAUACUAUCACAAGGACUAUGACGAUAAGAAUGACUAUAUAGAAAAACCUCUUCUACUCCGGCUUAAAAAUGAUAAGGGAGGAACGGACUGGUAUUAUAAUGCAGAUACAAAGGAUGAGAAAGGUGAACAAGAUAGAGGAACUACAUGGGAACCAAAUACUAAAUGGAACGCGAUAGAUGGAAAUGAGUUUUUUAAAUAUGGUAAGCCAACUGACAAACUCAGGGAGAAACUCGAUUAUCUCACAUGCAGACUCCACAAGCUUCACUACAUAAACAUUUUUAAGAGUGAUGCUAAAGAUGAUCCAUACUACUCUUGUCCUGUCUGUAAAAACUACAAUGUCACAGUUUCUAAAUAUGGCACUAUUGGAGAAUAUACUAAGUACAAACACACAUACGAUACUUACGCAAACUCCGUUAGGUAUGAAAGUGCUAAUCUUUCUUAUAGAGAUGAUGAAACAGAUCCCAACGGAUACAAGCCUAUUCCGCUUGAUAAUCGACACGACAGUAGUCUGGGAGUAUAUUACUGGGAUAAAGAUGACAGGCAUACAAAGCCUCUUGUGAUGGAAGUUGGUGUUUUAAUUGGCGGAUUAGUCCCCCUGGGUAAUGAUGGAGAACCAAAUAACAAGGAGUGGACUAUGAUUCCAGAUGCCAUAGGACCUGUAUCUGAAGAGAUGCUCCAUAAACAAAAAUGUAAACUUUUUAGCCCAGUAAUCAUAGAUGUCACUAGAACUACUGGGGAGAAUGAAAACAGUUAUCCUAACCCAUACUAUAGUGGUAGAAAUUGUGAGAAUAGGGAUUGUCCCCAAAAUGUAAAGGUUACUAAGUAUGUUAAUCUAUCUCAUAUAAAUGGAUUCACUGCUUGGAAACAUACCUAUAGGAAUAGAGAUGAUAAAACAUUUACAAUCACAGGUUUCAAAGGUGGUCCUUCAGAAGGUAGGGAUCAGGUAAAACUUCCAAUAUGGAAUGUUAAUGAGGUAAUCGUUUAUCUUUCUCGGUGUGGUAGUGUUCCCCUUCUGGUAUAUGUUAGUAGUAAUGAUGGAAAUAGUAAUACUCACAGAUGGUACCAGAGAAAGAAUGGUGAUAAGUGGGAAGAUGGUUCUAGUGGGCUAGAUCAAAAACUUCCAAAUCAAGUUAAGAGUACUGAUCUUGAACGCAUUCUAGAAGGUAUUAAUGAGUUGAAAAUUGAGUGUCAGGAAGUGAAGGUAAAAAAGGAAAAAGAGGCACAUAAAGCACAGCCUCAACGACCUCAACUUGCUACUUUGCAAAGGCCCUCUUCUGGUUCUACUGGUAGUACUUCUGAAGGUAGUAUUGGAGAAGAAAACACUAUUGAACCAUGUGGAGCUAUUGGUGAAGCUCUUGGUUACGGAUCAGUUAUAGCUGGUGCAGUUGGUACAGUUGGAUUAGAACUAGCUCAUAACAUGGCUAAGGAGGCUCUUGAGCAUAUAACUGAUACUGUUAUUCCUAAAGCUGCUGACCUGGUUGGCAAGGUUCUUGAACAUAUACCUGCUGUUCCUGCAGCUGAGCCAUCUGACAGGGUUCCUCAAGUUACCCCUGGAAAUACUUCUAUUGAAUCUGCUGAUCCCUCUCAUACUACAUCUGAACAACAAGCUAUUAUUUCUCAACCUGUGGACGUUAUUUCUAUAAGAAGACCAAAUAAUUUAUCCGGGUUAGGAGGGGAAUAUCCGGAUGUAACAAUUAACUUUGAUAGUUCUCUAGUAGAUUUUGGUUAUGGAACAGGUUUGAUCAUAGGCGGUUCCAACUUCUAUCAGUCCACAGAGGAGACUGAACCAAUCUUGUAUUCUGUUGAAGAAGAUUACAGGACUAUAGAACACACUACACACGGAUACUUUGUUGAUUAUGAUGCCUACAACACUACGGGAGACACUAUAUAUGGAUAUGGCUCCACUGUUGAAACCUAUGAGGCUCCCCCUAUUUAUAUUCCUAUUGUUGAAAUUAAUGAGAGUGAAGUUAUUACUAUGGAUGUAUCUGAUCCUAAAAAAUUUGCUACACCUACUGCUGACAGACAAGAACAUCUUGUGGGUCCUCAUAGACAUGAAACUCCCCCCGCUACGGAAGAACAUCAAGCUUCUGCUCAACAAACAUCAGAUACUUUAAAUACUGGAAAUCCUGCUGCUCAAGCUCUAUCCACCUCAGCCUCUUCUACUCCUGGAGCCCUUUCUCCAAGCUCUCCAGGCUUUCUACACCCUCCAAAUCCUAAAGCUGGCUCUGACAAUUCUACUAACAUUAUUAAGACUACCAUCUCUGUAACUACGGGGAUUCUUGGUACUUCAGCCUUGGCUUGUUUUGCGGGAUUUAAGUUCUAUACGAAAUAUAAGGGAGACCCUUGGGUUAGACACGGAUAUCCUAUAGAGUUUUUAAAUAAUGUGCCAUAUUGA